AUGUUUCCACACUGGCCCCUCCCUGAGUGGUCGCGGCCAGGGGCCAGAGGGGUGCGGCUGGUUGGAGGCUCAUUGUGGAAGUGCUGCCUGCGGCCCUGCCCAUCUCACACAGCCAUGGCCGACCAGCCCAACCCAGCUAUUCCCAUAAUGAGCAGGUUGGGACUUUAAUUUGCAGGUCCCGAUCAGAUCUUUGGCAGUCUGGUGGAGAAAGUGCAUAGUUUCCCUAGUAAACACAGCCUUUAUGGGAGCCUAAGUAAAGAGCAGCCAUAGUAAACAGGAAAUGAACCAGGAAGGCGUUUUUUUUGUUGUUGAGAAGAAUGCCCUUGCUCUGUACCACACCAAAUACAAGUGCAUCUAACUGCACAUUUACACAUGUUGUGUAUCAUUCACAGGGCCGGCUCUAGGCAUAAGCGACAUAAGCGGUUGCUUAAGGCCCCCGGCCGAUAGGGGAACUCAGUUGGGGUCUCAACUGUUGAGAGUUAGAAUAGUAGAAUACACAAGGUGCAAUCUCGACAUUUGGUUGUGCAUCAGCAGUUUUUCUCAUGUUAUGUCAGUCACUGACAGUCACUCAAUUAGCACAUGUCAGCUAUUUCUUUUAGAUUGUUAAGUUAGUCUAGCCAGCUAUCUAAACUUGUAGUAAUCAUAGUCAAAUUAUCAACCGGACACGAAGGGCACUUGCCCAAGGGCCCUGACUUUCAGGGGGCCCCCAAUGAUUUUGCUAGUCAAUCUCACUCAGAUAUCAUAUUAACAUGACAUAAGUCAUGGCAAAAUGUGUAGAAUUGCAUGAAAUUAACUCUACAACUAUACAUUUUUUCUCUUCGCUAUUCAAAAACAAUUUGCUUAGGGCCCCCAAAAGGCUAGGGCCGGCCCUGAUCAUUCAUUACUCAUGAGACUUUCUCUCUCUCCUCAGUAACACUGUCAGACAGAUAUGACUGAUGAGAUUUAGGUACCUUUCCGAGUUCUCCUGCUUAAGCUUUUAGCUUAUACACCAUUUCAUCAUACACCUAAACUAGAGUAGAGUGUAGUUUGAUUCAGUACUGGUAAAUUUGCUAGGAUCAACUGAGCCUUGGUAGACAGGUACAUUGUAUAGUAGGCAAUCAUUGAAACCAAGUUAGGUUUCACAACAUUUAAAUCCUAGGAAAUCAAACAGUAGUGUGUCAUACAGAGCUCGUCAGCGUGUUGGUAGCUACUGUAAGCAGGGUUGGGUAAGACACAUUGUUAGAUAGCGAUCAGCCGAGACACCACUGUACUGUCAGAGAGCUGUCAGCAGACGCCAGCUGCUGCAACGCCCAUGAACACACACACACACACACACACACACACACACACACACACACACACACACACACACACACACACACACACACACACACACACAUUAGCCAGUGUGUUACCUCCAGCACCUCCAGGAUGAUGGAGGCGGAGGCAGAGACUAAGGGCUCAUUAGUCUUUGGGCCCUACUACACUCCCUCACACUGUGACCUCUCCAUCCAGAGGAGUCAGUGGCCUUGCUGUAGACAUCCGGCUCAGAGGCAGCCCAGAGACAGGGGAGGUCACCGCUCUGGACCUGCACCAGCCUGUUAGGGGGACCUGAACAACACACAUAUAAAUCAAACUUGAUUUGCUCUGACUGGCAUGAUAUCGCAUGCUGUCACGUGCUGUCAUCAGCUCUCAUAAACACUGGAGAGAACCACUCCUCUGAUAGAAAGUUACCACAAACACAACACUGUUUUUAUUUAGUUUGUUUUAUAGUGUGGGAUUCUUUUAAGAUGUAACAUAAAGCUCAUUGGACUUCUAUAUCACACCACAUCACACUGUGCUCGUUCCUCUUACAAUAAUCGCUCAAUUUCAUGCUCUAUUAAGCAUCUUUGACCACAUAUAAUAAACAAAUGUAUUUCCUACAUUACUUAACAUUGAUAAGAUCCUGUGAGUGGCAACCAUGCUGAAUUAAAGUCUGCAACGUUUUGAACUGCUGCUCUGUGGGAUCCUCUUAUGCCGGGGUGUCUUACAGCUGGAUGGCUUAUGAUAAGUGAAACACACACAUGCAGAGAGACAGAGGGGGAAGAUAGAGAGGGAGGAGGGAGGGAGAUAGAGGAGAGAGAGGGCAGAGAAAGGGUCAGAGACAGAGACAGAUAAAUAUUUAGUUUCUCCUGUGCUGAAGGUCUCUAAAUGAUGAAAGGAUAAGGAGUGAUAUUUCAAUUUCUCUAUCAUUGUCAACCAUUGCGUAGUAAUACAGUACUUGUAUCAUUCCCAGCUCACACCAGCACACUGGCAGGCCAAAAAAUAAGAAAUUAAUUCAAAAUAUGUUUUAUUAUUUAUUAAUGUACAUGCUAGGGCAGGUUUAUUAUAAUGGGUGUAUUAAGAAUAAUUUAAAAAAUCCAAUUAAUUCAUGUCUUGACUUGAAUGAUGCCUUAUAUGUUAAUAUUUUUAGACAAUGUUCAUGUUUUGUUAUGGGAACAGGUUUGUAGAGGUAUAUUAUAACCUAGCUAGACAGAGAGUCAUGUGGUAGUAGACUGAGUCUCCUGCAGUAUAUAUUGUGUGUGAAUUGUGCAAUUUUAUUUCAGAAAUUAAGAAACAAAGGCCAUAAUGACCUGUGUGCCAGUCCUGAUCCAGAUGACUGUUUUGGGCACAGCCCCCUCAUGGACGACCGUUUCGGCAAACUAAGCGAAGAGAGUGAUUUAAUGUACAAGCGCUGUGGUGUAAGUACUUCCUCCAUCUCUUGCCAUUUUUUGUUGAUUCCUGUUUUUAUGUUGAUGUCCACUACAGGCGCUAAACAAGAAAGAACACAGAGGCUGUGAUAGCCCGGACCCCGAUGCCUCAUAUGUCCUCACCCCUCACACAGAAGAAAAGUAUAAAAAAAUUAAUGAGGAGUUUGAUAAUAUGAUGAGAAAUCAUAAAAUCGUAAGUAAAUGCAAUGUUUUUGCUGCUUGGCUUUGUGGCACAAAGGAUUUUGACCUUUUGGUUUUUAUUUGUUCUUAUUUUUUUUCAUUAUCCCACCCUGCAACCUCUGUCAACUACUAUAAGCAAACAUGGACUAUUCAAGCAUAACCUUUUUUCCGUUCAUUGGAAGUGUAAUUGUUUAUUUUGUUUAUUUGUACUGCAACUUAUAUUUUGGCACACCCUGAUAAGAUCACAUUGUUAUGAUAGGUUGAACCUUUUCAAAGCUCUAUUGAAAUGAUCACAUUUCUCCACAUUAUUUGAAACAUUUGAAAACUAUAUGAAAAGGAAAGUGCAUUUUUUUAUUCCAGAGGAGAAGCUUCUUUAUUAUCAAGACACAUUUCCCCCUGGAAAAAGGGGAAGAUCCCUCAAUUUCUUCCCACUCUGGUUUAAAUAUUGACUGGUUCUGUAGCUUUGGUGAUUUAUGUGUUUUUUCCCAAAACCCAUUUUUCACCCACAAGCAGAUGUGAAAAUUGAAUCUCUUUUAGUCCCACAGUGCCCAGAUCAUGUGACUGGGGAGAUUUUAAAAAUGUAUCUCCCCUUUGCUCAUUGUAUGGUCUGUCCUGGUUCCCCAUCUCCUAGUGGGGCGUCCUCCAUUCACCUGGGCAAAUCAUACACUCUUAGAAAAAGGUGCUAUCUAGAACCUAAAAUGGUUAUUUGGCUGUCCCCAUAGGAGAACCCUUUGAAGAACCCUUUUGGGUUCCAUGUAAAACCCUCUGUGGAAAGGGUUCUUCAUGGAACCCAAAAGGGUUAUACCUGGAACCAAAAAGGGUUAUUCAAAGGGUUCUCCUAUGGGGACAGCUGAAUAACCAUUUUAGGUUCUAGAUGGCAUGUGUAUGAUUUUCCCAGGUGAAUUGAGGACGCCCCACUAGGAUAUGGGGAACUAGGAGAGAUCAUACAAUGAGCAAAGGGGGAGAUUUACAAAAAAGUGUACAGUCCUCCUAAAGCACAACAUCAGUGGACUAUCACUGUGUAUUCUCCACUCGUUCAUCAAGCUACUACCAUUACACAGAGCUUUACCUUGAGACAAUAGUGAUCUUAUUGCAGGUGGCAAUCAUAGAAUCCUGCAUAAAGUAUAGUGCUUCAACUGUUGUUUUCUCUCUAAUUCUGACAUGGAGAGCACCACUGUUUGCAAUUAACACACUAAUAAUAUCACUAACUGACUGCCUCACUGGACUAUGCUGUGAAUGGAGUGGUCUCACUGUCACCAGUCACUCUCACACACUCUGUGGAUAGUCAGCACUGCACAGACAUGGACUAGAGUAAUAGAAACGUCAAGUGAUUAAAACUCAUAAUAUAUGUUUUUAUCCAAAAUGCUUUCAUAUUUUUGGAAAUUACACAAUUACACUAUCCUGAUUAAAAGAGAAAACGUUGUUCUGCAGUGCUGACUAUUACAAUGCAAGACUGAACACCUGGUACAAGGCACUGCUAAUGUGCAUGUUUUGGAAUAUGUUAUGUUUUCAGUGAUGUGUAAUGUUUUUAUAUAGCAAAAUGAUUGUUUUGUGCAUUUACAAUAAUAUAGUGUUCAUUUGUACAUUUUAUGCAUUAUUAUUUAUAAAUAUAUUAUACAAGCUUAUGACAGCAUCAUAUGGAAUACAGCAAUUUUUCAGAUUCCACUUUGUAGCCUAUUAUUCAAGACAGUUAUUGUUUAAUCCCAUUACAAACCAAAGGUAUUUUUAUUUGUGGUCAUUUCUUGGCCUUUCACACUUAAUGCAAUGUUAACAGAAGUGAAUGUGUAAGAGUGUAAGAUACGCCUUUAUAAGCAACCUGGAUUAGGAACAUGAACAACUUGCCAGCUGCAGCAUAGAGCUGUUUGUUUGCGAUAAGUUAAUAGGACUGCUCUGUUAACCGUACCAAUAUGAUUGAUGUGGCACCAUCACAGAUGCCAUCUCUGCCGUCUCCUUCCCCCUGUGACCCUCAGCCCAGUGCCAUGUCUUUAAUUCUCCCCAUGUCUGUGUGUUUCCCUCCUGUAGCCCACAGCGCUGCCCCAGCAGAACUUCUCCAUGCAUGUGGCAGUACCAGUCUCCAACCAGAACACCAUGUCCUACAACCCAGGAGGCUCCAUGAGCAGCCAUGCCCUGGCCCAGGCCACAGCCUCUCUGAGCGACAGCGGGAUGCUCUCUCCCCCUCAGGCCUCCUUACACAGGAACGUGGGCUCCAGCGGGGGCCAGCAGAGGCCCCCUAGUCAAGGCAAUGCAGGUCAGUACUGUUACAUUUCACUGUUUUUUUCUCUCUCACUACAACUGACCAUGGUGGUAAAGAUUCAGGUCUUUAUCCACCAAUUUCACUCUUGAUCUUUCAGAUAUAACUUGCUCGAUAUUUGCCUGAUAUGUGAUAUGUUUGCAAUGGGCCUAUUUGCAUCUAGUUUAUUAUGAGAAAAAGUCCCACUUAAUUGAAGGGAUUUUUCAUGACUCAAGCAAAGGUCCAGUGGUGUCAGUGAGCUCAUAUUACCACUUGUUUACCACUGCUGUUUAUAGUAAUGCCUGCACUAUGACUCAUGUUUCACAACUUUUAAGACUUGUAUUGCUCAGAGGAAGUGGGAUGAACUAGUAAUGUUUUGACACCAUAGCUACAUCCUCUGUGUUGUGCAGAGUGGUCUGUGCAUUCAGCCAGCCCAUGCCUCGGCAGGAUGCAGAGUUCUCUAUGGUAAAAUUAGCACUAUGCUUGAAGUCCAUCUGCAUUGGAAAUAAGAAAUGUAUGGGUUUUAUGUUCAUUUCAGUCUCAUAAAAGGUGGUAACCACAACUGCAGCAUGGGUAAAAUACAAUGUCUCUAUUCUCUGGGGAGCCACUGAAACAACAGGGCGGUCUUUAGCCUUACUGCCACCUCAUGCUUACAGCUGGAUUUAUGUGCACUGUGCCUGUAAAGUAGAUUCACAGGUAAAUAAUAUUUUGUUGUUCAGCUCCGUACUAGGUUAUAACUUCAAUAUGUAUACAAAAGCAAGGCUGAUGGUGUUGUGGUCAGAGUACUAAAGUGUGGACCUGAGAAUGUCCCUUCACACAAACUGUGGGAUACUGGCAUUGUUGCAUUAAAGAAAACACUUUGACUUAGGGCCAUUACUUGACAACUUUGACUUGGAUGACUGCACAAAGUAAGGACAGGGCCAAUGGCCCACUCGCCAUAGAACCAGAGAGAAUGCAUUCCCACUCACUGUUAGCUCCAAGUAGUGGUAGAAGUGAUGGAAGUUGUUCAAAGCUGGAUGUUGUUUCCAUGUAUUCCACAAUUAAAUCCUAAACAUUUCCAGACACCUCAUAUUAUGCUCUACGGCAGUGGUUAACUGAGAGAAUGACCCCAGCCUCUUUGGAGGGAUUGAGUGCUGCUCUUCCCUGAUCCCACGCUCCCAGCUGAAGGAUGCAGAUGGUUAAUAAUAUCAUUUCAUGCAUCUCAUUAGGUGGCAUGCUGGGUAGGACAGACCUGGCAGUGCCAGCGUGGCGUGAGCACCAGCCCAGCGAGUAUAGUAGGUCCUCCAGGACGAACUCAUUAGGUCUCUGUGGCUCUGCCCAAUUGGCCCUCACCUCACUGUCUGCAUACAUGUACAUGUGCCUGCGACAUGGUCAACGACGGCUUUUGUUAGAUUCUUGGUCAUUUAUUGCAUGCGAGGGGACUGUAUUUGUUGUCUGUCUGUGAGUAUUGGUAACAUUGAAGGCAGUUAGUUAACAUGGUCUUCGUAUACACGUUAGAGUGAUGGGACACUGUCCUUACUGUAUAGCAAGACAGCCAAGCUGAGUGUCAGCAUGUUCUGUUUUAUCCUCAGAACCCAGACAGAGAUGCUGUAUGUUCAGUAUAUUAUUCAGACUGCAGCUAGACAGGUUGGUGAAGUGAUUGCAUCCAAGGCUCCAAGAGUCAGUCCAAGAGGGACAUAUCUUUUUUGCCAAUGUGUUCCAAAGAAGAGGCGUAGAUGGUUGAGUACAGUAACAGAGGAAAAUGGCAGCAGCUGCUAAUGUCUGGCCCGCUGCUAUGGUAACACACAAUCAAACCACCAAGGACACCAGGAAGGUCACUCGUCCAUCUGUUCCUCCUGGAUAGUAACAGAUCAAGACUGCCUCUUGUUCUCAAUCGGCUGCUCACUUUGUGUCGCUCCAAACAUGUUUGUUGUACAAGUUAUAUUAGGGGUUUACGGAUGACAACAGUCACUAUAUAUAUUCUUAGGGCUAUACCUUCAUUGUGAGCUUGUUUGUGCCUGAAAGGGUUAACAUAUUAAAAGGUAGUGUUGAGGCGGCGGAUUCUCUUUGGAAGGUAAAUAAACACAGUGUUUCCUUUAAGACAGACACCUCCAUCCCACCCUCCCUCCUCCAGUUUCCUUCCCUCUAUUGACAGGUGCAUCUGUUUUUCCCAGUACCAUGGCAGCCCUUAUAUGGCUGGAGAGAGCCUGCAAGAUGUCUAGGCCAGCAGCACCCUGGAGGUAUUCCGGCCAUGACAUCCCUCUAAGUCCUCUGUACACAAUGACCGGACAGCCUGUCAUGGCUGCUAUGUGCUGAGUGAGAGGCAGAGGCAGGUGGACGUUAACCCUCUCCCUACCAGACAGGCCACUGUGUCGCAUAUGAUACAAUAUUAUGAUAGUAGUGAAAAUACAUUAUGCAAUCAACAGAAGCUGUAUUUAAAGCUAUACAUUAAUUAUGUCCUGCAUCGUGAGCAGAGACAUGCUGGGUAUAAGUUUGAGUCUGUGGUUGGUGAGGUGAUUCAAUGCUCUCAGUCAGGGCUAGGUGAAAUGUUUGGUCUGUCUGUAUUUGGUCUUUGGCGGUGCUCGGAGCCCUGUCCCUGUGCUGGGUAAGCGGUAAGGUUGUGGGGUGCUGUGCCGUCCCCAUGCCAAGGGAGGGGUGUCAGCCGUUGGCACACUGGCAGGAGACUGCAGCUGUUGUUUGUACCAAACUGGGUAGAACAGCAGAGACUGCUUGGAAGAGAAACCUCUCUCUCCAGUGCUGCCGUCAGAUGGCCAUUCCUUACAUAGCUCUGAUUUUUCACAAGCAGCAGCUAUAGGGAGAGGAGAGGCCUUUUGCACCAGUUCUGUCUUGUUGCUCGCUCUCUUUUCUCCUCCGGUGGUGUGGCUUGAUAUCGCCACUAAGAGGGGCUUACAAGCACGGAGAAUGUCCUGGAAAAUGCUCCGGAUCACUGAUUAAGCCUAGGGAAUGGCGGCACUGAUCCAAACCCUAAUCCCAUCUGAUAUGCCAGCUCUUGUCCUCAGAAAGAAAACUCUUUCUUCAUAUUGACAUGCACCGGCAAAGUGCAAAUGAAUCAUUUUGUCCAUGGACAUGACAUGGCAUGUCAUGCACCUUAGCUUUUCUAUCUUCCACUGGAGCUUGAAAGCUUUUUGGAGCCAUUUUCAUAGUUUCCUUUCUGCAGCAGUGUGAAGGAGGUCUUUAUCACAUGUGAUAUGAAUUGAGUAUAUGUGUUCAUUCAGAAUGAACAUGAGUCUGGUUUCAAUCUGAGACCAUAACAGGAUUUGGCAGCUGACAAACUAACACAUGAAAGUGUGUUUCUGUUAAUACACCACAUCUUACGUUGAGCAGAAAUUCUAUUUUCUAUUUUCAUACAGUCAUUUCACUCCUAGAACAUUACAGGUAACUCGGGUAAAUGAGGCUUUGCAGAGGGGUGAUGUUCAUUUAGCACACGAGUUGCAUAAAAGCCAGUGUUUAAGAUUCAAUAAGGGGGAAAGGGCUCCACUAUUCUUCCUGCACUCUUAGAAAAAAAGGCGCUAUCUAGAACCUAAAAGGGUUAUUUGGCUGUCCCCAUAGGAGAACCCUUUGAAUAACCUUUUUUGGUUCCAAGCAGUUAGAGCCCUUUCUACAUAGAGUUAUAAGGGUUAUCCUAUGGGGACAGUCGAAUAACCCAUUUGGAACCCUUUUUUCUAAGUGUGGAGAGGUCUCACAGUGGGUCAGUCCCAGUGCUCUGCAGACAUGAAUCAUGAUAAAUAAGAUUAUGUCUGAAGAGCAGUGGGCUCCACAAGGUAGUCUCGGUUUAAGUGAUCAUGACAUAAGCCUAGUGAGGGUCAGAAUAUUCACUCACAACAUACAGUAUUCUGGUUUUGCAGGCAAAUUGUGAAAGCUGUAUUUUAAUUCUAUAUUUUCAGAGAGCAGUUUUUGAUAGCAAUGAAUUUUCAAUUGUUCUAUCUAAAAUGAGCCAUCUGUUUUGGCUCUCAUUCAAAUACCUAAACCUUGGCUCACGAGAAGACUAUGAACUUCUUAUGCUUUGCUCAAACAUAAAUGAUAUGGAUGUAAUUAAAGCAACUCUGUGAUAUCAUUUUUACACCUAAUUAGCAAUCCAAUGUGGAAUUCUUUGUGUGAUACAGUCACACUCCUCAAUACAUUAGAGAUGCUUUGCACACAGUUCCACUCUUUCCAUGCUCUCUCUUUUCCCACUCUGUUGAGCAUUAAGAAUGAGAGCUUGUCAGAAUGUAAGGGAUGUGACUCUUCUCUCUGUUAUGCAAUAUGCCUGCAAGCUGUGCAGAUUCCUUCAUUAAUACUGGAGAGUUACAGGCUCUUAAAGAGCGAUUGCAAGGGCUGUUUGUGUGUCGAAAAGAGUCUAUCUGAACAUAUUAUUCCUCUAUUUCUUGAGAACCGUGGAAGCCGUUGGUGUUCCCAGUGGAUUACCACUUCCAAUGUGUGUUUUUUCCAUUAAGAAAGCAUUCUAAACUGUAUUUGUUUUUAUACUAAGGGGCCCUCCAAGUGAAAUAUGGAUUGGAGUUCUUGGAACAACUAACUAGUGAGUGAGUGACUGCACUGCAGUCUCACAAACUGUGGCCCUGCUCUCUGUUUCCUGAGCCAAAACAAUACCAGAGCACCCGCUAAAGAGUUUCUGUCCAGGCUCAUUAAUGGAUGCUAUAAUUAGAAUUUGCUCUCUUUUCCACUUAAUCUAUUAGAGGCUCUUGAUUCACACCCAUUAAUCUUUUCUCGUUCAUGUAUGCAUAUUCUCUUCCCUCACUGAGACUCAAGUUCCUCUGGUGUUUGCCUAAUGACAGUCAGGUCUGGUCAGUGCUGCAUCACUUGCUCUUCAAUGCAUUCUAGUGAAAGCACAAUUUAGUCAACAGAGUUUAUUUUGACUUACGUUCAGAUGAAUACUAAAUGUUAGAGUGGUACAUACAACCUCUUAUGUAACCCUGCUCCCACGGUGGGCAGUGUUAAUUAUUUACAACAAAGAGUCUAUUUAUUUACCCAAACACAGAAACUAAACAUUCUACAUGUUCUAGGUUCAUUCACUGAUGAUUUGAUGACAGAAGAACCAUUCUGUUUCAGAUAACAAACAGAAAACAAAUCCGCAAAAAUGUUUCUGCCAAAAGGCUUGUGUGAUCAUGUGAUCUCUGCACGUGAUCAUUUUCUUGUUUUAAGAUGUGCUGUAAGGUAAAAAUGGUUGUUCUGUCUUGUAAUAGUGCCCCAUUUAGAGACUGUUUUAAAUGGAUACUGGCACCAAUUAUGUCUAAGUCUUUUGCUAAUCAGCAAUUUCAGGCAUUAUGCUCUGCACAAAUGUACUUUACAAUUCUGCAUGUUGCUUUUGUGCACAACUGGCUGUAGGCUAUAUACAAUUAGCUUCAAGGAGCAUGUUUUUUCUCCGUUAGGCCAUAGUUACUGCCUGCAAUGCCUACACAUUCACGUUUGUGAAAUAACAGAUUUUCAUUUUGAACUGAUUCCCUGCGAUGAUACCAUAGGCCUCUGAUCAUUAUCAAAGAGCUGUGUUGCUGCACCUUUUACAGUCAGGACCCUCCCCCUCCCAAACACCAGCCCAGAUAUUGCCUCGCUUGAUUUGCCCACCCACCCCCACAACUGUUUCUGAGUAGAGCCGAGAAGAGAAGAAACUUCUGUGUGAAAAUACAAAACCAGGGUUUGCCUUUCCAGAAAAUAAAUAAUCAUAAUUUACACAGACUUAUCACAUUUUUGAUAGUGAAAAUACUUUCUUUGCAACUGUUGCUGACCCAUGUGGUACUUGUCCUCCAAUGAACCUAUAUUUAUGUUAAAGUAUUGGAUUUUUUUGUCAUAAGCAAUAGCAGUGUCUGCUAUUUGUAGGGUUUGGGUAAUUUACAUAGCUAAUUAUAUGCGUGCACCUUCGAUUUUGCAGCAGUCAAUUCAAGUAUAAGAUGAAAGCGAGUGCUGGGAGUGAUAGUAGCUUGCGUUGCAUAUGCUGUUGAUUCAGCUGUGACAUACCAUUGUCUCAUAACUGUUUAUUUGGCCGUGUAUUGUGGGGGUUCUUAUCUGUAGCUAGGGAGGUGAUUGUUCCAUUAUGUCACUAGGUCCUGCUUAUUCUGCAGCCUGCUUGUGUUUCACUGGGCUCUAUAGAACACAAUGGAGUACUGAGUUACUUGUUGAAGUGUGACACUGAUCUGUUGAUGAAAUACUAGAUAGCAUUGAUUCUUUCAUCCCUCUGUUUCUCAUCAUUUUCUAGAUUCUGUUAUCCAUUUUUUCAAUGUUCUGAUUCAUCAGAAUAGUUAUAGAUGUUGCAUUAAAAAGAGAUAUAAACUGCGAUUGCAAAUACUCUCACAUUAAUUUCAUAACAUAGCAUUUCAUAGCAUAUAUAGCUCACAUCAGCCACAGUUUAUUUUACCUUUAUUUAACUAGGCAAGAGCCGCUUAGACCGCUGCGCCACUCAGGAGCAUGGUGUGACUUGUACUGUACUGGUCCUUCUCCUGAUCAGCUCUGAGAUGGUGUCAUUGCCCUGUGCCUGCUUUCACUUUGUUUUAGAACGGUUGCCACAGGAAGUGACUCUGGGUGUGGGGUAAACCACCCUUAUGACUCAUUGUUCUGUAGAUCUACCAUUAGAGUAAAGAAGAAAUGACAAUCCACACAUACGUAUAUAGUACUACGAAUACAGUACAAUGAGUACAUAGUCUUGCAUACUGUAGCAAGACAUAGUAUUCUCAUAUUGUCACACAAAAAAAGUACCAUAACAAUCCUUUAGCAAACAGUUUUACCCAACUGUAAUGGCUUGCUAUUCCCAUCUUAAACAGCAGUCACAGUACAUUUGUUAAGUGAAUUACUCCUCAUCCCAGGAUACAAGGAGUUGACUUUGAUAUCGUCACUCACAGCAAGAAUGAAAGGCUCAUCAAUUCUGAAAUUGACGUUCUAUUUUGGUAAAUGUGCAGGAUAAUUAUCUGAGACUAUUAAAACUUCCCAGAGGGUUGGGAACACUUAACGUUGCGUGCCGUGGCAGGCUAUGCAGCUUUGAAAUGGUGUGUUGGAGAUUUGGCAGAUGACUGUUGUUGUAGUGUCUCACAGUCCCAUGACGGCUUCUGUUUCUGUGUCUCUCUGCAGGGAACGGUUUUGUCAACCCUAGGGGCUCUCCGGGACUCCUUGGCGCAACCAGCGGGAACGGCCUGGGGAAAGUCAUGCCCACCAAGUCUCCACCGCCCCCUGGAGGGAACAUGGGGAUGGGCAACCGCAAGCCAGACCUGAGAGUGCUGAUCCCCCCGUCCAGCAAAGGCAUGAUGCCCCCACUGGUGAGUAGCCUACACUGCACAUGAGCAGACUGGUAGAACACUGCGUGUCUCUACCUCAGGGCUGCUCCGAUUUUGGCUUCUUUGUCCCUCACAUGUGUGCAACAGAGGGAGUUUUAUUUUCCCCUCACUGGAUUGUGAUGGUAUCAUUGUGGUAUAGCGUGCAAUGUUAGAAAUGUUUUGGAGCUGGAGAAAUGGUCCUCCUUGCCUGAGGAUAUCAGUUCUGUCUGAGGACCUCUUGCUUUAUUCCUGGUGGGACAGGUUUACGUGCAGCCUAGAUUCACUUACAUCAACAGCAAUCAGCGAGUGGCAUUCGUUCUCAUGCUGCAUUUUUAUUUGAUCACCUACAUUUACAUUUACAUUUACGUCAUUUAGCAGACACUCUUAUCCAGUGCGACUUACAAAUUGGUGCAUUCACCUUAUAGCCAGUGGGAUAACCACUUUACAAUAUGUUUAUUUUUAUUUUUAUGGGGGGGUGGGGUAAGGGGUGGGGUAGAAGGAUUACUUUAUCCUAUCCCAGGUUUUCCUUAAAGAGGUGGAGUUUCAAGUGUCUCCGGAAGGUGGUGAGUGACUACGCUGUCCUGGCGUCGUGAGGGAGCUUGUUCCACCAUUGGGGUGCCAGAGCAGCGAACAGUUUUGACUGGGCUGAGCGGGAACUGUGCUUCCGCAGAGGUAGGGGGGCCAGCAGGCCAGAGGUGGAUGAAUGCAAUGCCCUCGUUUGGGUGUAGGGACUGAUCAGAGCUUGAAGGUACGGAGGUGCCGUUCCCCUCACAGCUCCGUAGGCAAGCACCAUGGUCUUGUAGCAGAUGCGAGCUUCAACUGGAAGCCAGUGGAGUGUGCGGAGGAGCGGGUUGACCUGAGAGAACUUGGGAAGGUUGAACACCAGACGGGCUGCGGCAUUCUGGAUGAGUUGUAGGGGUUUAAUGGCACAGGCAGGGAGCCCAGCCAACAGCGAGUUGCAGUAAUCCAGACGGGAGAUGACAAGUGCCUGGAUUAGGACCUGUGCCGCUUCCUGUGUAAGGCAGGGUCGUACUCUCCGAAUGUUGUAGAGCAUGAACCUACAGGAUCGGGUCACCGCCUUGAUGUUAGCGGAGAACGACAGGGUGUUGUCCAGGGUCACGCCAAGGCUCUUUGCACUCUGGGAGGAGGACACAACGGAGUUGUCAACCGUGAUGGCGAGAUCAUGGAACGGGCAGUCCUUCCCCGGGAGGAAGAGCAGCUCUGUCUUGCCGAGGUUCAGCUUGAGGUGGUGAUCCGUCAUCCACACUGAUAUGUCUGCCAGACAUGCAGAGACAGGAGCUAGACUCUGGACGGUGACAAGAAAACAAACAACACAGCUAUACUGUAUCUCUGAGGUCCAGGGGCCACAUUUAUAACCGUUGCAUACAUUUUACAGUAAAUAAUAACCGUUGCGUACAUUUUACAGUAAAUAAAAAUACAUGAAUUAUAACACUGCCUGACGACGCCCUUAUUUGCUGUAUACUUUGGAAGUAUUGGAAUUAGACCAAGACAGUAUCUAAAGGAAAUAGCAAUGGCCAAAGUAAUCAAAUGUCUUUGGAGCUGUUGGCAGAAUGUUUUCUUUUGCAGUAACAUUUGCUGUAUCUGACCAUUUCUGAAAGAGAAAAACUAUUGCAAAUUGUUGUGGACCUGUAAACAGAUUCAAUUUAAUUCAAUACUUUUUUGCAUUUACUUUUCCCCGAACCUAAAUAUCCUGCACUGACCGCGAAUUCUGAUACAUUGUCUAUUUGGGCCUACAAUAGGCCUACUUACAGUGAUAGCCUACACACUUCAAUGCAACAGAUCAACCAUCUGUUCACCUGUUCAAUUCUACUGUAUGUUAUAAACCGCGCUCCCUUUCGGAUGCAUAGAGCAAAAACUACUGAAAUUAUAAUAGCCCAAUUAUCUAAUAGGCCCAAUUAUAUGAGAGAUGCGCAUGGUCAUUUGUUGUACAGCUACUUCGGUAUUAUGAACUCAUCAUGGCCACAGAAAGAGAGGAAUUUAUUCUGCAAUGGUUAUGAUGUAUGUACAGUUGAAGUCGGAAGUUUACAUACACUUCGGUUGGAGUCAUUAAAACUCGUUUUUCAACCACUCCACAAAUUUCUUGUUAACAAACUAUAGUUUUGGCAAGUCGGUAUGGACAUCUACUUUGUGCAUGACACAAGUACUUUUUCCAACAAUUGUUUACAGACAGAUUAUUUCACUUAUAAUUCACUGUAUCACAAUUCCAGGGGGCAGAAGUUUACAUACACUAAGUUGACUGUGCCUUUAAACAGCUUGGAAAAUUCCAGAAAAUUAUGUCAUGGCUUUAGAAGCAUCUGAUAGGCUAAUUGACAUAAUUUGAGUCAAUUGGAGAUGUACCUGUGGAUGUAUUUCAAGGCCUACCUUCAAACUCAGUGCCUCUUUGCUUGACAUCAUGGCAAAAUUAAAAGAAAUCAGCCCAGACCUCAGAAUAAAAAGUGUAGACCUCCACAAGUCUGGUUCAUCCUUGGGAGCAAUUUCCAAAUGCCUGAAGGUACCACGUUCAUCUGUACAAACAAUAGUACGCAAGUAUAAACACCAUGGGACCACGCAGCCGUCAUACUGCUCAGGAAGGAGACGCGUUCUGUCUCCUAGAGAUGAACGUACUUUGGUGCGAAAAGUGCAAAUCAAUGCCAGAACAACAGCAAAGGACCUUGUGAAGAUGCUGGAGGAAACAGGUACAAAAGUAUCUAUAUCCACAGUAAGACGAGUCCUAUAUCGACAUAAUCUGAAAGGCCGCUCAGCAAGGAAGAAGCCACUGCUCCAAAACCGCCAUAAAAAAAGCCAGACUACGGUUUGCAACUGCAUAUGGGGACAAAGAUCGUACUUUUUGGAGAAAUGUCCUCUGGUCUGACUAAACAAAAAUAGAACUGUUUGGCCAUAAUUACUUUUGUUAUGUUUGGAAGAAAAAGGGGGUUACUUGCAAGCCGAAGAACACCAUCCCAAACGUGAAGCACGUGGGUGGCAGCAUCAUGCUGUGGGGGUGCUUUGCUGCAGGAGGUACUGGUGCACUUCACAAAAUAGAUGGCAUCAUGAGGAAGGAAAAUGAUGUGGAUAUAUUGAAGCAACAUCUCAAGACAUCAGUCAGGAAGUUAAAGCUUGGUCGCAAAUGGUUCUUCCAAAUGGACAAUGACCCCAAGCAUACUUCCAAAGUUGUGGCAAAAUGGCUUAAGGACAACAAAGUCAAGGUAUUGGAGCGGCCAUCACAAAGCCCUGACCUCAAUCCUAUAGAAAAUGUGUGGGCAGAACUGAAAAAGCGUGUGCGAGCAAGGAGGCCUACAAACCUGACUCAGUUACACCAGCUCUGUCAGGAGGAAUGGGCCAAAAUUCACCCAACUUAUUGUUGGAAGCUUGUGGAAGGCUACCUGAAACGUUUGACCCAAGUUAAACAAUUUAACGGCAAUGCUACUAAAUACUAAUUGAGUGUAUGUAAACUUCUGACCCACUGGGAACGUGAUGAAAAAAAUAAAAGCUGAAAUAAAUAAUUCUCUCUACUAUUAUUCUGACAUUUCACAUUCUUAAAAUAAAGUGGUGAUCCUAACUGACCUAAAACAGGGAAUUUGUACUCAGAUUAAAUGUCAGGAAUUGUGAAAAACUGAGUUUAAAUGUAUUUGGCUAAGGUGUAUGUAAACUUCCGACUUCAACUCUAUAUAAAUGAAAUAAAUUCUACUCAAGAAAUUUGACAUUACAGUAUUCAGACGUAGCCUACAAUUGUCAAUGGAAAAGGUGAACCGUCUGUUCUACCGUUAAGUUAAACUGCGCUUCGGAUCGGAUCGCAUAGAGCAAAAUAGGCUAGUAGACCUACUUGAAAUAGCUUAUCUAUUUACUACUGUGAAGCGGGUCCAAUUAAAUGAGAGAUGGGACGAAUGGUAGCCUAUCCUAACCUGUUGUAGGCCUAUAGGCUAUUUUGCGAGUAUGAAAAGGUGAGGAAUUUAUUCUGCAAUGAUCAUGGAAAUUAAAUAAAUAAUAGGAAAUGGAUGCCUAUUUCUAAUUAUUUUGGAAUGCAUCUAAUUGCAUCUUGUUAUUUUAUUUAGCUACCUUUUUGUUAUGAAUAAGAGUGUCAUCAUACAGUAUAUUCCCCAUUUGCACAAGGCUACUAUAGGCUACUUUUGCCUUCUUGCAAUGCAAUACUUCAACCACUAGAAACUGUGCGUAGGCCUACGCAUGGUCUAAAGUUUGUGGGAGGAUAAGCACAUUCUCAAGUCAAGUUACGUUUUUAUAAAUGCCAACUUUUGUGUGAAAACUGUUUUGGGGCAUAUUUUGUGCGUACGCAACGUUUAUAAAUUAGGCCCCAGGUGCCUUAACAGUCACUCAAUUAUAAAUAUUGAAAUUAGAGGCCCUCUCUAAUUAUUAUAAUUAAUGUGCAGAGAGCUCUGACCACAUUGAGCACCUGAGGCUACACUAGACUGCCAUGGCCAUAAAUCUAAAUGGGAAAAAAAGGUUUCAGAAAUUAACCAGUCAUUGACUCUUUCCAACCUACAUGCUGGAGCUCUCAACAAUGGGAGUUCCUCCAAGACACAGAUGGCUUGUAUGGUAAAUAUACCUAGGGUUACCAUGGCGUGGGCACCCCGGAUCCAUCUACCAGCCUGGUGCAGGGGAUCAACAUGUGUGUGUUACCCUGCCAACAUCUGGAAGUGGUAGAGCUCCCAAACCGAACCAAACCACAGAGCUUCCAGUGUUGGGGAGUAGUGAACUACAUAUAGUUAAACUAGUAAUUUAACUACAUUUUGCAGUAGCUUGGUGGUAGUUGAACUAAAUUCAAAUCUAGGUAGGUUUUUCAGUAGUUAAUUACUGUUUUGCCAUGUAGCGGUGUAGCUAACUACUGGAACUACACACUACUUAUUUUGCAAAAAUGUAAUAUGGGUGAAGUAGUCAUUUAGCAGACGCUCUUAUCCAGAGCAACUUACAGUUAGUGAGUGCAUACUGGCCCCCCAUGGGAAUCAAACCCAAAACCCUGGCGUUGCAAACGCCAUGCUCUACCAACUGAGCUACAUCCCUGCCGGCCAUUCCCUCCCCUACCCUGGACCAAUUGUGCUUCGCCUCAUGGGUCUCCUGGUCACGGCCGGCUACGACAGAGCCUGGAUUCGAACCAGGAUCUCUAGUGGCACAGCUAGCACUGCGAUGCAGACUAGGUCUAAUAAACAGUGCCUUAGACCACUGCGCCACUCGGUAGUUCGUCAUUUUGAGCGGCAUCAGACCUUCCUAAUUCUCACUUGAAACAUUGUUUUUGUGUUUAAUAGACGAAAUUACACAUUCUGUUAACAUAUGACCACAAAGUUAUUUUUUAAUUUUUUUAUGUAUAGUCUUUGACAUUUUAGAUUUACAUAUGGUAAUUUAUCACAAAGUAGUUUAGAUGUGAUGAACUACUUUUUAAAAGUGAAACUAAACUAUAUUUUCUUUAGGGGUAGCAUUAGUGUAGCUUAACUUCUUUCAGUGUGAAGUAAUUGGUAGCUUGGUAAACUAUCUUCUCAGAGAAGCUUCCCCAACACAGAGAUUCACACAUCACAAGGACAAAGCAAUUAAGGCUGCGUUUAGACAGGCAGCCCAAUUCUGAUAUUUUUUCCACAGAUCUUUUCACAUCAGGUAUUUUUCAGAGCUGAUCUGAUUGGUCAAAAGACCAAUUAGUGAAAUAAGAAUCAAUAUUGGGCUGCCUGUCUAAACGCAGCCUUAGAGUGUUCGUUUUUAGAACUGUUGAGCAGGAUUACCAUGGUUCAGACAGAGAGAUUCUAGAAGUCCUGAACGUGUCAGUAGUAUUGAGACAAAAGGGAGGGCCUGCUCGGCUCUGCUCUGUCAGUGUAAACGCAGCGUUCCAGAUGGGUUAAGGCAGCGUUGGGGGCUGGCAGGUCUGCAGACAGCCUGUCAUUAGGCCAUAAUGGUAUUAAAUUAAUCACAUCUCGGUGUGACAGAGUGGGGAUGAAGGCUUAAUCAGGGGCCCAGAGUGUGAGCCAGAUAAUAUCUUGUCGCCCUUAUCGUGUCUUCCUGCCGCUAUUGAUUGAGUGUGGGUAUUAUUAAGACAGUCCUGGCCUAGGCACAGUUAGUCCCUCAGCACAGGGAAGAUGGAAGAGGGGCUUCCAGUUAGCCUCUUGUCUAGCAGAACAGUAGGCCUCACAUACAGAGACCCCUGUAAUCUACUAGGUGAAACAAAAAUGCGCAAUAUGCAGGUUAAGUAGUACUGUAUCAAUGUAUUACAUUGACUUGUACCUUGUUGACUACUCUACAUGAUAGAUAGCUACAAAGAUUUGAUUACAUUACAGUUUGCAUUGAAAUGACCUAACUAGUCAGUUUUAGUUUCUUGAACACAGUUUUAUUUAAAGUAAGUGGAGAGCCUUCCAAUUGAGUCAAGCUAUAGCCUUAGGUUUGAUGAUGUAAUUAGAUGGAUGCAUGAGAGGUUAAGUACUUAUUCAAUGUGAGUCCAAGUCAUUAAGUGUGUUUGCUGACUUAAACCAUUCUUGUUAGAGUGUCUUUAAUAAUAGACUCUAGUUGACCCAUUUCGGUUUUACACCAGGAACCUUCUGAGUAGCAAAUAGUGAUGAGUCCAAAAUGAUAGGUCUUACUCUGAAAUGGUCACAAACCCAAGCUAAAGUGUUAUAACAUGGUCAUUUAGCAGACACUUUUAUCCAAAGCAUUGUACAGUAUUGCCUUCCAAGUAUUGCAUUUGACAAAGACAUUGCAUUUGACAAAGAAAGUUUCGCAUGGUAACAUGAAUAGCAGAGGACAGAGUGAAUAUUUAAGUCUAGAGGGCAGGCACGUCUAGAUGACUUUUACUUGUGGAAUACAAUCAGGCAAUUAGGACUUUGGUUUUCAACAUCAAAAGGGUGACUGUAGAAGCCAUUCUGACCUUCUCUUGUAACCCUGCCUCUCUUCUUCUCUUCUGUUGAGAGCAGUCGGAGGAGGAGAAAAUGGAUUUGGUGAGUUUUGAGAAAUGCCUGAGAAAAAUGGCUGAAUGAACACACUUUCAAUUUAAUCGUAACAACAACAAGAGGCAAAUAGAUCAGUAAUAACAUGUUCAGGAGUGAAGGCUGUUCUUGAACUGUAGAUUUGAAUACCUUUAACUGAGUUUAUUGAAUUUAUUUGAUUGAAUAGAUUUUAAUUUUAUAAAGAUUGAAUUGAGAAAUGAAGAGCAGCAUCAGUGUUUCACUGCAUGUCCUGAGCCUGGCAAGAUGCCUCAACCUCUCUAAUGUGCUGUGCACCGCCACUCCCAUGUGUUGUUCAGGGAAUGCUGAAAUGUUUCUGUUUGUUUGUGAGUGAGCACACGAUGCACACGUUCACUAUAACUAUUAGACAGGUCAUUAUCACUCUUGCGUCUUGUUACUUCAAGAAAGUAGUUUGGACACACAUCGUUACAUAUAAUUGUUUUAAACAAAAGGUUUUGUAAUAUGUAUAACAUUACAAAGUAACUUCCAAAGAACAGAUUUCAAAUCUUGGAUUUUGUUCCUCAUGGGGAGGGUUAGAUUACUUCAUUGUGGAUUAUGUCAUUCUCAGAGAGGCUUGUUUUUGAUGAUGUCAUUUGGUUGGAGAGAGUAGGAGCAGCAGAUAUUUGCAAGGAAGUUAUCAAACUGUCAUGAUGCAAUAUUGCCUCAAAUGAAACCCUCAGCUGCACUAUAUUACAAAUUGCUACACCAGAGCUGCUCAGAUCACCAAGUAAUCAUAUGAUAUGAUAUGCUGUAUGUGUUUGCUAGACUGAUGCAGUAAAAGGUGUCUCUUGAUGUUAUUCCCACCCAGAUCACAAACAGUCCUGCAGCUCACGCUAACUCUGCCAUUUUGCCUCUCUUAGGUGCUAGCAAAAUAGUCUCACUUUCACAUCAGAACAAACAAGUGUAGCAUUAAAAGUGGAUAUUAGAGGUACAUAAUGAACAGAGUACUAUAUUCUCAGAAGAUUUGACUAAAGUAUCCAUAGAUCCUAAUGAGUGCCUACCAUGAUUGGCAUUCUCAGAGCUUGUGUGGUCCUGUUGGUGCUGCAUGAAGGCACUGUGUUGUGUGACUGUGUGCUUGGGACAGCAUGCAGCCACUGCACCCAGGAUUGUGAUUUUAUAGGAGAUAUGUAGUAGCUACUAUAUGUUAUAAAAAAUUAAUGAUCUGUCUCUUUCUGGCAGUACAUCUGUUUUUUUCUUUUUUACACAUCUUUGGUGGCCAUUGAAUUGACAAUUUCUUUAUACACAGUCUAUAAACAAUUUGAGUGCUGAAGAGCAUUUGCCUUAGCUUGUAAGGACAACUGAAUACAACAACGAGUGCAUGUCAGCACAAAUCCCACUAUUGUGUAUGGUAAAACGGUAUUCUAUUUAAAAACUAUAUUCCUGUUUCUGAUUAUCCAUAAUCCCUACAUUGAAUGUCUGUUUACAGAUUUACCCACAAACAUCACUCCAUUUAUCAAUAUUGGACAAAAAAAGUAUUUAAGUCUUGAUGGGAUUUAGUUUUGUUUUUAUUACACAUAUUGUCAAACAGUCAUCAUAUUGAGCCUUGUUCGUAUUAUAUGAUGAUACGAACAAGGCUCAAUAUGUUAUCUGGAUUGUAGCUACAUGUGGGGCGGCAGGUAGCUUAGUGGUUAAGAGCAUUGUGCCAGUAACCGAAAGGUCGCUGGUUCUAAUCCCCGAGCCGACUAGGUGAAAAAUCUGUCAAUGUGCCCUUGAGCAAGGCACUUAACCCUAAUUGCUCCUGUAAGUCGCUCUGGAUAAAUCUGCCAAAUGACAAAAAAAAAAAAAUGUGACAUGAAGCUACAGUGCUACCUCUUGGUGGAAAGUAGUAUUGCAACACAUUUUCCAUUGGUACAUUAUUAUAGUCUUAUCAAAUUAUGACUUAAAAAAUACUGUACAGCUAAUAUAUACACAACAUAUCUGUAACAUGUUUUUUCUAUAUCAAUUUACCAUCUUGCACUUUGGGUUCACCACAGUAAGCCUUUACAGUGCCCUACAGGGUUGUUUUGUUCAUUAAACCUGUUUUCUUUGUGCUGUUUACAGAACACCCACAGGAUAAGCAGCUCCCAGUCCCAGCUACUGGCCACCCCAGUAGUGUCUGUCACCACCCCCAGCCUGCCCCCCCAAGGCCUGGUCUACUCAGGCAUGCCCACCGGCUACAACACCGGUGAGUCUACCCCUCUGUCCCCUGCCACGUAUGCCUCAGCGCUGCCUGACUGGCUCAUACUGAUUGGUCUGGUCUCCUGUGGUGAGAGGUGUAGCAGUGGGAGGAGGAGUGUGUGUAACUCACUGUUCUCUGGUGCUGUUGUUGUUGCAGAGUACUCCCUGAGCAGUGCAGAGAUCUCCUCCCUACAGGGCUUCGGCGCUCCAGGCCUCUCUCUGGGCUCCAUGUCGGCAUGGCAACAACAUCAACUGGGCCAGGCAGCUCUCAGCUCUUUGGUGUGAGUAACACACUAGCAAACACACACACAUAAAGACACCCACACAUUAAUAGAAUAUUCAGUACACACAUUAUAUACACAUUCAAAGUACAUAGCUUGUACUCCUUCAAAUGUCAAUUUUCCAACCACCACUCCAAGCACCUGAUCUAUGUCACUUUCCAAAUGGCCACUGACCCCGUGCUGUUCCUCUCCACAGGGGUGGUGGUCACCUACCUCAGGGCUCCAACCUCUCUAUCAACACCAGCCAGAACAUCAACAUCAAGUCAGAGCCCAUCUCCCCUCCGCGGGAGCGCGUCACCUCCUCUGGCUUCCCCCAGCAGCAGCAGCAACAUCAGCAGCAGCAGCAGGCGUCCAGCCGGCAGGACCUGGGCCGCUCGCCAGUGGACAGCCUCAGCUCCUCCUGCAGCUCGUACGACGGCAGCGACCGCGAAGACCACCGGCCGGACUUCCACUCCUCGUCCAUGGGGCUGGGCAGACCCCCGGCCGGCACCGAGGACAACAGGGAGAGCCCCUCUGUCAAGCGCAUGCGCAUGGACACCUGGGUGACAUAGAGCCACCCAUUCAGGCCUCCAGUCACCAGCUAGUCAGACGGAGGGAGGGAGAGGGUAGACAUGGGGGAGAGAUGGAGGGGGUAGGAAAGGUCCUGAUAGUUAUCAUUAUAAUAUUAUUAUUUAACUCCAUUUCAUUUUGUAAGAAGGAGAAUGGCAAAUAAAUUAAAUAAGUCUCACAUUAAUAAGAAAAACAUUCAAGUAGUUGGACUGAAUUAUGUACACAAACAGAUGUUAUCAGGUACUGGGUGCGAAUCAGAUUAUGUUUGCAGGAGUCCGAUGUUCAAAGAAAAAAAAGAAGAAAAAAACAAAUCUAGAUUAUUGUAGUCACUGGUCUAGUCUGGCACUUACUUGUAGUUGCUGUUUUUGCUGUUGUGGUUGCAAGUUACAAACAAUCAAAGAAAGUCUGAGUGUUGCCUGCUGGCUGAGGGCCCCUGUUUGUGGCGUCCACUGUUAGAGCUCAUGUUUCACUACACGGUGUAACCUCAUACGACUUUAAUCUCAUACAACUUUGUCUCAAUUUGUCUCUUCUAUUAACUUAUUAAAUCAAUAGAUGUGAAAUCAAAUUUUAAAACAAUUUCGACCUCAGAGACACUCUACAAAAUAGUUGUUGUUUUUCAUUUGAAAGAGGUUUCCCUUGUGGGGUUUGAGACAGGAAAAGCUAUCCUGUAUGGGAAGGACAUGGCUCAGAGUCAUGUGUUUAGUUCUAAAAUAAAUAGGAAAAAGUAUAUUGCAAUAAUAACAUAUUCAUUUUAUAAUCUGAUAUAUGGGACAUUAACAUUAUGGGAAAUUGUCCAGUUGAACUGGUAACAUAGUAAUAGCAAGACAUCUUCUCAUUGCUCCAACAAUUCAUUGGUAAUGUAAGCCAAAGCUGUACUGUAUGUUUCUUUCUGUUAUUUUGUAGCUAUGGUUUCCUAGCAAUUCUCUCAAAAACAAUUGUUAAUUUUUUAGUUUAGUUUUUACUGUGCUUUGUUACAAACAAUAUAAAGACAUGCAAGCCAGAUCUUGAAUCAAUAUCUAAAGCCAUGAACACUUGCUGUUCUGUUUGUAAAAUUAAACAUUUGAGCCAAACACUUUCUUUUGUUAUGUAAAUAGCAACUUUAAUAUAUAUAUCACCUUGGUGUAAGUACGUAUGUAUUGUACCAUCACCAGAUUCAAGAAAAAGGUAUAUUUUUGUGGAUUACUGCCAUGUUUACGGGCGGGAUCCUUAUUAAGUAGAUGAUUCACUGGUUAAUAUUUACUAUUUUGUUAAUUAUACUGUACUUUCUUCAAAAUUGAAUUACUACCGUUAUAAUCAAAGUGGUUUUGUUUCCAGAGAGUCGUUUUUUGAGUUGUUUUCCCUUUAAUAGUGGUGAAUGUCUGUCCUUAAGAAAUUGUAAUAACAGUGAUGUAAGGUUAAAGUUCCACUAUAUCUUAUGUUGUGAAGGAUAAUCUCAACGCUGAGGAAAAUAUGGUUUAGGGUUAGGCUAUUUACCUGUAGCUGCUGAAUACACUGCCAACUUUCAAACCCAAGGUCCCAUCUCAGCAUUGAAAAACCAUCCAUUGUGAUUGUGCUUUACUCGAUUGAAAGACAUGCCAUUUCAUGAACCAUGCCAAUAAACCUAUUUGGGUCGCUCCACGAAAAGAGUGCCUUUUGCGUCACUUUGAUAUUUGAAGUAGAAAUUGUGCACCAAUAUUGCAUUUUAAAAGCCUGUUAUAUUAAAUUAAGUGCCCU